UGACUAGUUAUUGUUGCAGAAUGAUCACCUUCGGCUUGCUGGCGGUGCUGUUGCUGGCUUGGCUGUGGCAGCGCUGGCACUUUGGCCACUGGCAGCGGCUGGGCGUGCCGCAUGCACACGCCGCGCCCUUUGUGGGCAAUGUGUGGCGCCUGCUGCGAGGCUGUUGCUGCUUUGGCGACCAGUUCCGGGAGCUGUAUGAGUGUCCCAGCGCCAAGGGGCAGGCCUACCUGGGUAUACACGUGCUGCACAAUCAUGCGCUGCUGCUGCGCGAGCCGGCGCUGAUCAAGCGUAUUCUUGUCGAGGAUUUUGGGCAGUUCUCCAGUCGCUUUGAGACUACAGAUGCCAUUGGGGACACGAUGGGCUCACAGAAUUUGUUCUUCUCCAAAUACGAGCUGUGGCGCGAGACGCACAAGAUAUUUGCGCCCUUCUUUGCCGCCGGCAAGGUGCGUCAUAUGUUUGGGCUGCUGCAGCAGAUUGGCCAGCAGCUGGAGCAGCAUAUGGCCAGGAAGCUGACGGCGAGCGGCACGCCGGAGGGCACACUGGAGCUGGAGGUCAAGCAGCUGAGUGCGCUAUUCAGCACAGAUAUUAUUGCCUCGCUGGCCUUUGGCCUGGAGGCCAAUUGUCUACAGCAGCCGGACGCAGAGUUUCGGCGCAUGUGCAUCGAGGUGAAUGAGCCGCGUCCCAAGCGUCUGUUACAUCUCUUCACCAUGUUCUUCUUUCCGCGCUGCUCGCGCCAGCUGUGCACCCAUCUCUACUCGGAGGAAUACGAGCGUUUCAUGCGGCAAUCCAUGAACUGGGUGAUGGAACAGCGUGCGGCCAGCGGGGAGCAGCGCCACGAUCUGAUUGACAUAUUUCUGCAGCUGCAGCGCACGCAGCCGCCGGAGAGCGUGGUGCACCGGCGUGACUUUUUCGUGGCACAAGCAGCAUUUCUGCUGCUCGCUGGCUUCGACACCUCCUCCUCGACGAUUACCUUUGCGCUGUACGAGCUGGCCAAGCAGCCGACCAUACAGCAGCGCCUCAGGCAAGAGCUGGCGGCGGCGCUGCUGGGCAGCGGAGCCACGACCGGACAGUUGGACUACGAGACGCUCAGCGGACUGCCCUAUUUGCGGCAGGUGGUGGAUGAGGUGUUGCGUUUGUAUCCGCCCACUGCUUUUCUGGAUCGCUGCUGCAAUGCCAAGGCUGGCUAUGAUUUGUCCGCCUGGAGCUGUGGUUCCGCCUUGAGACUGCCGCCUGGCACACCCGUCUAUAUCUCUGUGCUGGGACUGCAUCGCGAUGAGCAGUACUGGCCUGAGCCCUUGAAGUUUGAUCCGGAGCGUUUCUCGCCAGAGCAACGGGUGCAGCAUCAACCCAUGACAUAUUUGCCGUUUGGCGCCGGUCCGCGCGGAUGUCUGGGCACGCUGCUGGGUCUCCUGGAGAUAAAGGUGGGUCUGGUCUACAUACUGAAGAACUAUCGCGUGGAGACCUGUGCAAGAACGCUGCCGGAGAUGAGAUUCGAUGCCAAAGCCUUUGUGCUAACAGCUGCGGGAGGCACCUAUUUGCGCUUCGUCCGGGAUCCGCUGUGAGAAAAAACUGGACCUUGUGUUGCAGUUUUUUAAAUUUUCACUUUAUUGGGGUAAUUGUUCACAUAUCUUAAGAUCAGCUCAAAAAUGUUCACAAAAUUUGUCAGUUGUUCUAGCCAAAUACUGCUGGCCAUAUAAAUGGCUAAUCAGUUAUUAUCUGCGCAGACCGUGGACUGUAUUUAUUGACUUGUAAGCUAGCUUAUCAAAAAAUAAUUGAACAAAGUGCAUUUUAACAAACUAUAAAAACUUAAAACCUAUAAAACAAGAAAUUUCAAUUUUCAGUAUCGAGUUACUUUAAGUGCAAAUAAAAUUUGAUAAUGCAUUUAGACCAUGUAUUUUACCAACAAUAUUUAGCUAGCUUGACAAUCAACCAUAUGUAUGUUGUGUAUUUUUCGCGUUUUUCCGUUUUUGUUUUUCAUUUUGUUUUUAUUUUUUUUUACCAUAUACAAUUUAAAAAACUAGCUCUCGAGCUACCUGGCUUAUAUCUUCACUUUUUACAAAUUAUCAAAAAAAUAACUAAAGCAAUUUUACACACUCGUCAUUAAAGAACUAAGCUAACAACUAAUUGCAUUUUGUUUUUAUAUUAUAUUAGUAAUUUAUAUAUUAACACAAAAGUUUUAUUUGUAUUUAGCUUUUCUUUUUAUACAUAAAGGUAUUCAGUUACAGAAUUGAAAUGUAAUAAUAGUAUACAAAUAUGUUUGCACAUUUAUUUUGCUAGCUACGAAUCGAAUUUAGCAAAAAUCAAGAACUAUUUUGAACAAAUUGUUAUUUUAAAAUCAAAAUGCACAAGUUUACUGUAAAGAUUCUUUUUAAAAAAUGUGCUUCAAUAUAAUUUGUGAAUUUCUGUCUGCUGCAAACUAAUUACUUAAUUUGAAUUUGAAUAUUUAGCUAUGGGCUUGUUGUUAAUUACUUUUUCAAUAUAUUUAUUUAUAUAUAUAUUUUGUUUAGCAGUUUUCAAGAGGAAGCAGCAUUUAUUAUGGCAUAUGUAUAUAGCUCAGCGGAAGGUUUUUCUGUAGUUCUAACUGCUCAUCAAUGUUAUACAUGUAUGUUUAUUUAUAUAUGUGUAUAUAUAUAUAUAUGUGUGUGUGUGAAUGUGUGUG